GCGGAGUUUUCCAGUCGGUCAGGAAGAGGAGAAAGGCGGACACAGAAACAUCAAGCGAUGGCUGCUAUCAGGAAGAAGUUGGUGAUAGUUGGGGAUGGUGCGUGUGGGAAGACCUGUCUGCUCAUCGUCUUUAGUAAGGACCAGUUCCCAGAGGUCUACGUCCCCACUGUGUUUGAGAACUAUGUGGCAGACAUUGAAGUGGAUGGGAAACAGGUAGAGCUUGCACUUUGGGAUACAGCAGGUCAAGAAGACUAUGACAGACUGAGGCCUCUCUCCUACCCCGACACUGAUGUUAUUCUCAUGUGCUUCUCUGUAGACAGCCCUGACAGUCUAGAGAAUAUUCCAGAGAAGUGGACGCCUGAAGUGAAACACUUCUGUCCAAAUGUUCCCAUCAUCCUGGUUGGCAAUAAAAAAGAUCUGCGCAAUGAUGAGCACACCAGACGAGAGCUUGCCAAAAUGAAACAGGAGCCAGUUAAAUAUGAAGAUGGCAAAGAGAUGGCAAAUCGCAUCAGUGCCUACGGCUACCAAGAGUGUUCUGCCAAAACCAAAGAUGGUGUGAGGGAAGUCUUUGAGAUGGCAACUAGAGCAGCACUGCAGGCCAAGAAACGUUGCAAGAAGUCCGGCUGCCUUCUGUUAUAAGCUCUGGGAGAGGAGGGAGCUGCCGUUAAGCACAGAUGGGGAGGGCAGCUUCCAUUGAGAUUUUACAUGGGGGAGAAUAUAGGGGAGGGCCCUGAAAAGUUUGCUGAUGCUCAAUUUCUGAUCACCCGAUUAUCCUCAGCAAAUUAAUGCAGUUCUUAAAUGAUUUGAUAGGCGUCUACAUCUUGGUCCUUGGUCUACACAUUGGGUUUUGUGCCAUUUUGCUAGCAUCUAUCAAAACCUUUCAGAUCUAGAUCUAAGUCUGUAGGGCAGGUGGUGGGGGGUGAUUUGAAGUUGAGCAGAUGUAAACAGGUUGAAACGUGCCAUGAUUGGAAUGAAGAGAGAAAAGGUCCUUACCAGGCCAAAGACAAUGGGGACAUGAAAGAGAAAGACAGAAAAAAAGACAUACAUAAAAUAGGUUUGAAUUAAGACCAUGUCUAAGUGGAUUUUACACAGUAUCGCCUACAUGUAGUGCCUUGAGAGCAGUGGUCAAGAAGAGUAAGUUGUGGGGUAGGGAUUCAUAACUUAGAUGGGGUAUUUGUCAUUUGUAGUGUCCACACAUCACAUUUGUGAAUACUUUCUCCCUGUCAUUGGCUUGGCUCCUUCAGGCCCAUAUUCUGACUCAGGCGCUAUGCAGGGGUAUGCCUAAACUAGAUUGUAUGAGAUCUUUUCCCAUACCGAAUUACUUACCUGUACUUUAGUGUGUGUGUGUGUGUGUGUGUGUGUGUGUGUGUGUGUGUGUGUGUGUGUGUGUGUGUGUGUGUGUGUGUGUGUGUGUGUGUGUGUGUGUGUGUGUGUGUUUGCGUGAGUGCGUGUAU